AUGAAUUCACACAACAGCCUCAGCGCCGCUGCUGACGAGCGAAAAGCGCGUCUCGCAAAGCUCAAAACCCUCAAAAGAAAACAGCCCACCGACGAGGUCGCCACUCCAGAAGGCGAACGGGAUGCAUCGCAGCCAGAAGAGCCUGACGCUACGACAAUACACCUCUCUGGCCGAAACUACGAUCCGGAGACAAGAGGCCCCAAGCUCAGAUUCGACGCGCCGCCAACUCUUGCCUUGGAAAAAGCUACAUUGGAGGAGCAGGCCGCAGACGUAGAAGCCGAAAUCAGGGAACAGGCUGCUAAAGAGGCAGAAGACGACAAGGGCCUGGAUCUCUUCAAGCUGCAGCCUAAGAAGCCGAAUUGGGACUUGAAACGGAAUUUGGACCAAAAGAUGGAAUUGCUGAACUCGCGGACGGAUAACGCAAUUGCAAAGUUGGUCAGAGAAAGAGUAACGGGUGCUCAAAAAGCAGCCCAGAAGACUGCGGGUGUCGACAGUGGAAAUCUAGAUGGAGACGCCGCUGGGGUCGACGGCAUCGCUCUCGUCGAGGGACUGAGGGUUCGUGAGCAAGAAGAGCAAGAAGAAGAACAGAGAGAACGAGAGGAAGAAGAGUCAAUGGGCUUAUAA